AUGAAAAGCCUUGAUGCCAGACUUGAAUAUUAUAAGAUCCGAGGUUUGCUUCAGAGCAUCAGUGAUGAGAUCUCAGAGCUUGAUAAUUUUAUCAUAAGAGCUGGACAUCAGAAGCCAGCCAUCUUAAUGACCCUUCAAGAUAUGCUUCAGAGCGUCAGUGAUGAGAUCUCAAAGCUUGAUAGUUUUAUCAUAAGAGUCAGACACCAGAAGCCGGUUAUCUUAAUGGCUCUUCAAGGUUUGCUUCAGAGUGCUGGUGAUGAAAUCUCAGAGCUUGAUGAUUUUAUCAUCAGAGCUGGAUGUCAGAAGCUGGUCAUCUUGUGA